CAUUGCUCCUGUGUGCCUUCCAACAGCCGGUGAAAUGUACGCUGAUGUUGACGCAACAAUCACAGGAUGGGGAGCUCAACAGCAGGGAGGAUCCACAUCUGCCGUGCUCUUCGAAGUGACUGUACCGACCAUGACAAACGCAGUUUGUGAUACCAAGUAUAGUGGACAGAUAACUGCCAAUAUGAUCUGCGCUGGCAUCCCUGAGGGAGGCAAAGAUUCGUGCCAGGGUGAUUCUGGCGGUCCGAUGAUAGUAGAAGAAAACGGCAAGUGGAAACUGGUGGGAGUUGUGUCGUGGGGUUACGGCUGUGCUCAACCUAAUAAGCCUGGAGUCUACGCCCGAGUUACACGAUAUUUGAGCUGGAUUUCUGAAUCAACAACUGGUUUGUGCUCCACUGACAACACAACGCCCGCACCACCUCCUACGCCGCCGCCUCCACCUCCUCCAACGCCUGCACCGACAUCACCUCCAUCCGACUGCCCCGAUUGUGGGCUUGUGAACCGAGCCACCCGUAUCGUGGGCGGAGUUGAGACGGAAGUGAAUGAAUACCCGUGGAUGGUGUCCCUGGUGAACGGUGGUGGACUGUACCACUUCUGUGGCGGAGCUAUCAUUUCUGAUGAAUGGGUCGUCACCGCUGCCCACUGCGCUGUGGGCAUGUCCAACUCAGACUGGGUGUUGUAUGGAGACCACAAUUUGUACAUCACAAGUGAUGCCGCAGCUAUGGCAUCUAACAUUGCUGAGAUCAAGGUUCAUCCUGGCUAUGACAGUAAUACUCUUGACAACGACAUAGCUCUUCUCAAACUUGCUGAUCCAAUAGAGUUUCCAGAUGACAACCGCAUUGCUCCUGUGUGCCUUCCAACAGCCGGUGAAAUGUACGCUGAUGUUGACGCAACAAUCACAGGAUGGGGAGCUCAACAGCAGGGAGGAUCCACAUCUGCCGUGCUCUUCGAAGUGACUGUACCGACCAUGACAAACGCAGUUUGUGAUACCAAGUAUAGUGGACAGAUAACUGCCAAUAUGAUCUGCGCUGGCAUCCCUGAGGGAGGCAAAGAUUCGUGCCAGGGUGAUUCUGGCGGUCCGAUGAUAGUAGAAGAAAACGGCAAGUGGAAACUGGUGGGAGUUGUGUCGUGGGGUUACGGCUGUGCUCAACCUAAUAAGCCUGGAGUGUAUGCCAGAGUUACAAGAUACCUGGACUGGAUAGCGUCUUCGACCGGCGGCAUCUGCACUGCCUAGAUUUCCACAAUUAUCCAGAUAAUCUUCCCUAUCCAUAAGGGUUUAUGAGGAGAAUCGGUGUUAAUCUUAAUUUGAUGAGGAAGACUGGAUAAGAAAAUCGGAAUUUGAUACUAUACUUGUAAGUUUUUCUAGGUUCUCGGUAUCAAGGCUUUCCUGUUUUGUUUGUUAUUAAUUAGCAAAAAAUAUAUGGAGCAACCGAA